GCUUUAUCUCCCCUUGUCUAUGUACACUAAUCCCCCUUCUGAUGUGAGUCCUGCCCCCCUACCAAACUGUGUGCCAUCCUCUCCAUCCUGAACCGCUCUGUCCGGCGACCCGCUCAGCCUUGCGUGCCAUCGGCCUCUCUACAAUGUGUGAUAACGGCGACUCAGAGGACAAACCCCCUGCCCCCCCGGUCCGCAUCAGCAGCACCAUCUUCGGCACGGGCGCCGGCAAAGACUCGUUUUCUGCCAACCACAGCUCCAAACCGCUGCCCUCCGUGCCUGAAGAAAGGAAACAACGGAAAGGGAUCAUCUCAAUCUUCUCAGGGGCUGAAAAAGGUAGGAAAAAGGAUAGAGACAAGGAGCGACCAGAGAUCUCACCGCCUUCUGACUUUGAACACACCAUACAUGUCGGGUUCGACGCUGUUACAGGAGAGUUCACGGGGAUGCCGGAGCAAUGGGCUCGACUGCUACAAACCUCAAACAUCACCAAGUCAGAGCAGAAGAAAAACCCACAGGCUGUGCUGGACGCCCUGAAGUUUUACGACUCUACGGGCAACGGUCGCCAGAAGUACCUCAGCUUCUCGUCCUCCGAAAAAGAGGCAUUCCCUCCAGGACCUCAGUCUCCUAUCAAAAAAAGCACCGAACCUUCAUCUCCAAACAUCAGAGACAUUGAUGACGAUGAUGAUGAUAAUACUCCCCCUCCUAUUGUGGCUCCAAGGCCAGAACACACUAAGAGCGUGUAUACCCGCUCUGUUAUUGACCCCAUUCCCGCUCCAAGCACGUGUCCGGACGGGGACGCUGCCUCCAAGACCGGAGAUAAACAGAAACGGAAAAGGAUGACCGACGAGGAGAUCAUGGACAAACUGAGAACUAUAGUCAGCAUCGGAGAUCCCAAGAAGAAGUACACAAGAUAUGAAAAGAUUGGUCAGGGGGCAUCAGGAACAGUAUUCACUGCUAUUGAUGUUGCAACAGGACAGGAGGUGGCCAUAAAACAGAUCAACCUACAGAAACAACCCAAAAAGGAGCUCAUCAUCAAUGAGAUUGUGGUGAUGAAGGAGCUAAAGAAUCCCAAUAUCGUCAACUUUUUAGACAGUUUCCUGAUGGGGGAGGAGCUGUUUGUGGUGAUGGAGUAUCUGGCGGGGGGCUCGCUGACAGAUGUGGUCACAGAAACAUGCAUGGAUGAAGCUCAAAUAGCUGCAGUCUGCAGAGAGUGUUUACAAGCUUUGGAGUUCCUCCACGCAAACCAAGUCAUUCACAGAGAUAUUAAAAGUGACAACGUCCUGCUUGGGAUGGAUGGUUCCGUGAAGCUCACCGAUUUUGGCUUUUGCGCCCAGAUCACUCCUGAGCAGAGCAAACGCAGCACCAUGGUAGGUACGCCCUACUGGAUGGCCCCUGAAGUGGUGACCAGAAAGGCUUACGGGCCCAAAGUGGACAUCUGGUCUCUGGGUAUCAUGGCCAUUGAGAUGGUUGAAGGAGAGCCUCCCUACCUGAAUGAGAACCCACUACGAGCGUUAUACCUGAUCGCCACAAAUGGCACUCCAGAGCUCCAGAAUCCAGAGAAACUGUCUCCAGUUUUCAGAGACUUCCUGAACCGCUGCCUGGAAAUGGAUGUAGAGAAAAGAGGCGGAGGCAAAGAGCUCCUACAGCAUCCGUUCCUGAAGCUGGCAAAGCCCCUCUCCAGUCUCACCCCUCUGAUCCUGGCAGCCAAGGAGGCCAUGAAGGGCAGUCGUUAACGGAUGACCCCGCCCCCCCACCCUGCCUUACCAUGCUGUGCACAGAUAUGUGCCAACCGUUUAGAUUUCGUGCCAGACAAUAGGCUAAGAGUGACUUGCCAGCGUUGAUGCACCAGCCUUGUAAGCCCUGACGAACCUCACUGUGAAGACCAAAAAGCCCAGAGCACAACCCCCCCCCCCCCCACCCCCACCCCCGCUGUCAACACCAACUCUUCUUUUCUCUUUGACGUCAGAAGACGAGUCAAACUAAAGUGCUUAGUUCCAGCGUCAGGCGUAGUUCAUUUUCUACAUCAAAACUGGUGACAGGUUAGGACUAGGCUUGUAUUUAACUUGGAAUGAAGAAGAUGCCUAGUUCCGUUUAGUCGUUUUUGGGUUUUUUUAAUCAGCUGCCUUAAACAAAUGCAAAACGUUGCCUAAUGUAUUGUUGAUUGUGUCUGUGUCGUCUCCCUUCAUUUUUACUACCUUUGUAAUUUACAUUUUCACUUUUGUCAGUAUCGUAGUUAUUUUGAUACUUGAAUUUCCUGUCCACCCCCCUCCCCCAUUUGGUCCAUACGGUUUCAUUCAGCGGACGCUCUAUUUUCUAUAGUUGACCCUUGUUGGAACAUUUCUCAUUACGGUUUUAUAGGAAACGUUUCGGUGCAUUUUUCAUCAUGAUCCCGGGCUGAGAUCGGGAUGUUUCGCUGUUUCCCCUGAUGGAUCUACUGUACCUGUUCUUCCCUCAUAUCUGUAGUGUCCUGAUGCCAGAGGCGCACCUUACAGGCAAUUAAAGCGUUAGAUCGACAGGGUUUAUACUGUAUUCUCUGUUGCUAUUAAAGUGAAUAUUGUAUGUCAAA